AUGGCGUCUCAAUUAUUGCAGUCGCGAUCGGAUAAAACCAAUCAACUUUAUCAAGAUCCACACAAUCCUCAUCUUUACCUCGAACGAGCUCGCCUCCAUGAACAACUUGGCUUCCCCGAUCUCGCCGCCGCAGACGCUUACCGUGCGCUCUCUCUACUCGAGUCCGUAGUAGACCCCGAUGGAUGCGAAUUUCAUGCCAAACGAAAGGUCGAGACCGGAGAAAAUACAUUCACUCAAUCCGUCGAUCAGACCGAGAAUGAAGCUGAAGACGACGAGGAUGAGGACGAGGACGAGGACGAAGAUGAAGAUGACGGAACUACUCCAGUAACUCUGGAAGAAUAUAAUACCCUUAUCGGAGCAGUCUAUGCUAUUCUCGUGCGCGGUCUUGUAGACUGUGGCUGCUAUCGCGAUGCAUAUGAAUUUGGUGUUCGUGGUCUCGCACUCCUGCGUGAGCUAUCCGCAGACAACGUCGACACACCCGCCUCAACCAUGUUGCAGACACAAAUGGAUAUCGUCAAGAAUAUCUACAUCUCUCGUACUUCUAAGACCGGCGUGGAGCUGCAAGAUAUCGAUUCCGCGGUUCUCCCCGCGCAGGGCUACGCUCGUCGUGUCCUCUAUCCCUGGAAUGAACAUGAACCGGAUCGCCGCGCACCGGAGGAACUUGAAUUCCUCAAUAAACGACUAGCUGAAAUUGCACCAAAGUGUGAGGUUCGUGCGGUCGCUUUACCCGCUCUUCAUGCCUCAACGGGAGAAGAUACUGGUGAAGUCUCUGUGCAAUUGGGUCUUUUCGCGAAAGAGGAUAUCGCUCCGAGUGAAAUCAUCCUCCGCGAGUCUUCUCUUCUUACUGCUACCAAUCGUCUUCAUGAUGACCUCUGCGAUGCUUGUAAUGCUCCCUUACCUGACCUCUCGGCUGAGGAUCCUCCUGUUGCCUGUGAAGGUGACUGCGCGGAUACCGUCUUCUGUAGUCAGGCGUGCCAUGAUACUGCGCAAGAGGUUUACCAUGAUGCGGUCUGUGGAUUGGAAGAUGGGUUAGAAUCUAUUGGUAAGGAUAUUCCUGAUCCUAAGGAUAAGGCGGAUUAUCUUUACUUGCUUCUUCUGGGUCGUGCGUUGGCGAUGUCUGCGACUCAGGAUGUGCAUGCGUUGGAGUUACCCGAGGUCAAGUAUAUCUGGGGAGAUUUCCAUGACUUUGAUAUUGAGAGUCUUACGGACUCUGAGUCAGACAAGGAUGUCAAGUCUCUGCCUUUCUCGUUCCAGUUGAAUAUCUUGCAACCUAUGCGCUUUCUCGAGGAAAUGGAGAUCGAUCCUUAUGUUUCGCUUCCGCGCUAUGAUACUUGGGUUUUGAAUACUCUCUACGCGAAGUUCCGUGGUACUGCGUCUGGUCGUCUAUCUACUUGGGAUGGAGGUCCAGAGCUUUGUGCUGUGCAUCCUCUUUGGUGUCUUGCCAAUCAUUCUUGCGAUCCUAAUGUGCGUUGGGAAUGGGGUGGUGAGAUUACCUUCAGUGCACGAGGCGACGAGGAGACGGCUGUUUGGUCGAGGACGAAGCCGAAUGGAGCUAUCGAAAUGAAGGAUCUCAAGCCUGGAGGUAUUGCGAAGGAUGCGGAAAUCUUGAAUCAUUACUGUGAUAUUGGAUUGCCGGUCAAGGAGCGUAGGGAAUGGGCGAGUGGUGCUUUGGGUGGGAUGUGCCGAUGUGAUCGAUGUGCAUGGGAGGCGUUGGAGGUGGAUUGA